ACAAUCUUGUUUUUUUUAUUCCUGGUAAUUCCUAGAUGAAGUAUGGCAGAGGCUGCAACAAAGAUCGCACUGGGACGGAUAAGUCAAAGCCACCUGGAAUGUCCAAUCUGCCGCUGUCGCUACACUGAUCCGAAGAUACUGGACUGCCUGCACACCUUCUGUCUGAACUGCCUUGACAAGCUUGUCAGCGGUGAACAGCAGCAGCAAAACAAGAUCAGUUGCCCACUGUGCCGGCAACUCACGGACAUCCCGGACGCGGGUUUACAGAGUCUCCAAAACUGCUUCUUCCUCAAGUCCCUGGUGGAUGAGUUCAGCAAGCAGGAGCUGCUGCUGGGACACACCUCGGUGCAGAUACCGACUUGCCAGCAAUGCGACGAGGGCUUGGAGGCGGUGGCCCGGUGCCAGGACUGCGACGAGAACAUCUGCAGGAAGUGCCAGGAAGCCCACGGGCGCUGGAAACGCACCAAGAAUCACCAGGUCGUCACGGUGGAGAGCCUGAUGAACCACACCGGUGGCCCGCUGAUCGAGGUUAGAAAAACUGACAGCCAGGCCCCAAAAUGUAGGACCCAUCCCGAUUACAGAGUCUGUUUUUACUGCUCUACCUGCGAGAUGUCCAUCUGCGCCAGAUGUGCAGCAGUCGAGCACCGCACGGACGAACACAAGUACAGUGAAAUCGCCGACGUCGUCGGAUCGCUGAGGAAAGACGUCGACGAGGCUUUGCUAAUGUUUGAAGAUUGCAGAGAGAGAUUUCAAGUCGCCCACAGGUCUACAGAGCAUGCGAGGGACAGGUUAAAGAUGAUGGUUGAAAGGGCUUGCCAAGCUAUUUCUGCAAAAGAGGAAGAAGAGAUUGCUAAGAUUAGAGAGAAAUCUCGCAGUUUGAGAGAGAAGGUCGCGGAGAUCGGUCGGGGGAGGGAUGAUAAGUACGAAGAAGUACUCGCUCGCAACCGCGAGGAGAUGGAGCGGGCCGACCGAGUCGUCAAGACGGUGACCGAACUGAUGCAAGAAGCCGAAAAAGACGAGCUCUUGGACCUCAAACCCAAGAUCAUGCACAACCUGGAGUCCCAAGGGGAGGUACAGUUCGAACCUGUGCCUUAUGAACUGUCAUACAUCGGAGUCAAAUGCCAGGACGUUGUAAGCGACGUCGACCUUGCUCAAAUAGUACAGGAAGAGAAAUGGAAACUGAAGGAAGAGUUUGGUAAGAAAGGAGACGGGCAGGGAGAGUUCAAGGGAGCGACAGGGGUGGGUUGCCUGAAGGACGGAGGAAUCGCAGUGACGGAUACGAAACACCAACGGCUGACGAUGCUGACCUCAACCGGUGCUUGUAAACAUACACUGAGUCAUGCAAAGGAAGGCUUGUUCAAGUUGAAAGCGCCCUACAGUGUGGCCGUGACCUGUGAUGACCUCCUGUUGAUUACUGACGUCGACAAAGUGAAGGUGUUUGACAGCGAGCUGCAGCUGCAGCAUCAGUUUGUGCCAUCCAAGGAGGACCCCGAUUGUCGUCUGAAGAGUUACCUCAGCGGUAUCUCCGUGGACACGAAGAACCGAGUAGCCGUGGCAGACAGCGGCCGGAAGGUCAUCUCUGUCCACAACUUGGACGGGUCCCUGAUCACCACCGUACCCAAUGACAUGAUUCACGGCUACAUAUCAUUCAGCCGAGAGGACUGUCUGGUCUUCACCAAUUACCACGAGAGGCGGCUUCUGUGCGUGGAUCUCAAGGGGAACAAAGUGUUCGAUGUCGGUACCUCUGUCGGUAGGAAGUCGGCCAAGCCGAUCGGUGUUUGCUGCGACGAGGCUGGGGACAUUUAUGUCUCGACUCACUACGGUCAGACGGGGAGCUGCGAGAUUCACCACUAUGACCCGGAAGGGAUGUACAUCGGACGCGUGGCUCGCGGACUCUUUAACCCGUUUGCGAUGGCGUUCGCGACCGACGGGAAUCUGGUUGUGGCUGACAUGCACUCCGUUAAGAUCUUUCAUCGUGCGUGAUUCCCAAAGUUUCUACCAUAUCUGGCCAAUGUUCAUAUCGGCGAUGGAUGACCUAAGGGUAUAAUCCAAAUCUGAUAUGAUUGCUAGAUUGGCAAGUUGGUCAACCGCGUUAUUAGCCGUCAUGUUGCAUCAGCUCUUACCUGUGAUAUCACAUUCCUAUUGGGAACAUACUUUGAUUAAAAUGAUACUGUCAUGAAUCAAAACUACAGGCGCGCUUUAGACAAAUUCUUAUUACAAUUUCGACACCUCAAAUUAAAAAUGUUAGAUAAGCCACUUGACCAGCUUGGAUCGUGAUACGAUACAAUGCAUAUACGCAAGGGCAAAGGGACACAAAAGUCAAGACGGUUUAGGGCCAGCUACAUAAUGUACAUGUAAAUAAAAAAAAUACCAAAAAAAAAAAUCCGUUGAUUUUGUUUUGGUUGGAUUUUUAUAUACACAGGAUCUAGGAGCUUGAAAAUUCAAUAUUUUUCCAAUAUUGAUUAUGCUAAUGUAAAACAUUGACCACAAUAUCACAAGGAUAAGUUUUAACAUCCUUGGUUUUUAAUCACGAGAAGAAACCUGUAUCGGUUUAAUAUUCGCUGUGCAGUGCGCUCAAGGCUCUCUUGUACAGAAAAUACAGUCAUCGCGAUCGACGACUUCGCUGUGGUUUUACACUUCCAAUGCAAGUGU